GGAAUCAAUUGAUUUCUGGAAAUAUUCUGUGGUUAACGCUUUAGUGCUUGUGUUGGUGACGCCAUUCUGGAUUUUGGAUUUUCAUUCGAAUUAUCUGUUGAAAGCAAUAUUAAGUUAUAGGAGAAAUUCAUUUGUAAUUAUUACAUCGAUUACUAAGCUCGCUGCAAAUGAGCUACUACAGGCCUAGUUUCAGCCAAACUAUAGCUAUGUCUCGAGGAAGGGGUGGUUAUUCACCUAGAGGCUCCUCUUACAGAGGGAAUAGUAGAGGUCAUAGGGGUAGUUAUAACUCUUCACGGGGAUUUUCUUCAUUCGAUUCCCGCUCCAAAUAUUCGUCCUCUGACAGAUAUCCGAGUCGUGGCAGCAAGUUUGAUGAUUAUAGAAAGCCAUUCCGAACUGAAUCCUAUUCAUCAAGGGACAGAUCACCUGAGAGAAAGAAGCCGAGAGUGGAGGGAUAUAGCUCUCGUCAUGACAGUUCCUAUUCAAGUUCAGGAGGACGCUACGAAUCCAGUUUCACAGACCGUAGAAGUUACUCAGGAGAUAGAUCAAUGUCAUAUCCAUCAAGAAAAGAAGAAUUUCGAAAACCUUCUGGUCCCCCCCGGGGAAGUUAUAGAGGUAGAGGCAAUUCAAGGGGCUCAAGAAUAUUGAGACCUAGAGAGCGAAUGCCUCUUAGAAGGAGAUUGAUUGAGAGUUCAUAUGGUAUUCGAAAACGAAUGAUUUCUUCUAGAGCGAAUGACUACAACAGAAGACUAAAAAUUUCAAAGCUGAGGAGCGCCAUUGCCGCUCGUCAUGCCAACAAAAGUGAUGCUGAUGAAGGGUCUGAUGAUGAAGAAAAUGAAAAGAAGGAUUCAGAUAAGGAAGAAAGUGAUGAUGGUAAUGACAAGAAAUCCGUGAAAAAAGAAGAUACUGAUGAUAAGGAUCUUGGUGAAGAUCGUCCCAAAAAAUCUUUCAUCAAACUAGUUUGCCCUCAUUGUAAUGUAAGAUGUAUUACAUUCCGUAAAUAUGAAAUUCAUCUCAAUGACAGAAAUCACUUGAUCACUAUGAGGAGAGUGGUAUUCAAACAGAAAGCCAUUUUGAUGCAAAUGAGGCAGUCUCAAAGGAUUGCGCAAAACGAGUUAGAGAAGACUUCAGGUGAGGAUUUGACAGCCAGAACGAACUAUUGUCCAGUUUGUCAAUUGAAUUAUAAACAGAAGAAAGCAGUUCAUCAGGCUUCUGACGCACAUAAAAAUAUGAAAAAGUUUGUGAUGCCUUUUUGCAAGAUAUGUAGCAUUACCUUCAAGAAUCGAAUGGGAUAUGAAAGCCAUUGUUGCUCCAUUGAGCAUCUUAAGAGAAAGCAAAGAAUGGAAAACGAGGCAUCAGAAGAUUCAAAUGAAGAUGCUGAUUUAGAAAAUUUCACAACCAUUGAUUCUGUUGGAGAUGUAGAUGAAGAAGAGCAUGAGAAAAAAGAAGAACCCAAGGAAAUUCUCAAUGUUGGAAUUGAAAAUAUACAAAAAGUUGAAGCUUACUACUGUGAACUCUGCAAAAUUUAUCUUCCUAAAGUUGAGGAAUCUGAAUGGCCCAAGGCUUUAGCAAAACAUUGUAAAUUACUUGGCCACAUGAAGCGAUAUGUUCAAUAUAAAGAAGAUAAAGAAUUGGAAGAACGUGCAAAAAAAUUACAAAAAAAGGAAACUGCUGAAAAGGAAGAGAAAGCAAAAAAGGCAAAAGAUGAAGAUCAAAUGAAGGAUGAUAACAAAACUGUCAAAAUAGAAAAGCAGGAUUCUGAUGCACAUAAUAAAUCGAUUGACGAAGACGAAAAUAAAGAUGACAAGAUGUGGGCUGAUGUAGAUAAGGAUCUGGGAGAUAUAUUAGCUGAUGCUGAAGACGACGAUGAAGAAGAAUCAAAUUUGAAAACAAAAGAAAGAUAUGAUAGGUUUAAACUGAGUGAGAAAAACGGAGAAGAAAAUGAUAAAGAUGAGAAAGAUGUUGAAACCACAUCAAAUGGUCAGACCGAAGAUGUUAAGGACAGUUAAGCGAGAUGUUGGAUGUAAAAUAAAUUCCCAUUAUUCUACCGCGGAACCACAAUGAGAGUAAUAUUAGUUUAAAAUAUUGUAAUCCCUUUUGUAUGUAUUUUGAGUUUUGUUAUUGUGUGAAUGAAUCCUUUUAAUAACAAGGAUGUAUGAUUGAAAAUUUGAUGUUUGUUUAUUUGCCAUUUUUACUGUAGAUGUGAAUCUGAAUAAAAGUUAGUUAGCUAUACAAA